GAAGCAUUUCGCUAAUUAUCCCUAGCAGCCGAACGGAAUCUCAGAAAAACCUUACCAAAAUCUCAUCCCCACGCUCUCUCUGGGUUCGGAUUUGAUUUCGAUUCAACCAGCGGAAACGAUCUUAAGUCUCUCAGGAUGUCGCGAAAGGGUUUGAUGGAGCAGGAUCUAAGUAAACUGGAUGUAACAACGUUACAUCCUCUCUCUCCUGAGGUCAUUUCUCGCCAAGCGACUAUAAACAUAGGAACCAUAGGGCAUGUCGCACAUGGGAAGUCAACAGUCGUGAAGGCUAUUUCUGGGGUGCAGACUGUCCGUUUUAAGAACGAAUUGGAGCGUAACAUUACCAUUAAGCUUGGAUAUGCCAAUGCCAAGAUAUACAAAUGUGAGGAUGAGAAGUGUCCUAGACCCAUGUGCUAUAAGGCCUACGGAAGUGGAAAGGAAGACAAUCCAAUGUGUGAUGUUCCUGGUUUUGAGAACUGCAGGAUGAAACUAUUGAGGCAUGUGUCCUUUGUGGAUUGCCCGGGACACGAUAUUCUUAUGGCUACAAUGCUUAACGGAGCAGCCAUUAUGGAUGGCGCAUUACUUCUCAUACCAGCCAAUGAGAGCUGUCCCCAACCGCAAACUUCUGAGCAUCUGGCUGCUGUUGAGAUUAUGCGUCUUCAGCAUAUCAUAAUCCUUCAAAAUAAGGUCGAUCUCAUUCAAGAAAAUGUCGCUGUUAAUCAGCACGAAGCAAUUCAGAAAUUCAUAAAGAACACGGUUGCUGAUGGUGCCCCCGUUGUUCCCAUCUCAGCACAACUGAAAUACAACAUUGACGUUGUGUGUGAGUAUAUCGUAAAGAAGAUCCCGAUCCCUGAGCGGAAUUUUAUCUCACCACCAAACAUGAUAGUUAUUCGGUCUUUUGAUGUCAAUAAGCCGGGGUUCGUGGUUGAUGAGAUUAAAGGUGGUGUGGCUGGUGGAAGUAUCCUCCGAGGUGUUCUGAGAGUCAAUCAAAACAUUGAAGUCCGGCCUGGGAUUGUUGUGAAAGAUGAGAAAGGGGACAUAAAAUGCACACCCAUAUAUUCCCGUAUAGUUUCACUUUAUGCGGAACAAAAUGAACUUCAGUUUGCCGUGCCAGGAGGUCUGAUCGGAGUUGGGACUACCAUGGACCCUACUCUAACACGUGCUGAUCGUUUGGUUGGUCAGGUUCUCGGUGAAGUUGGAUCCCUCCCUGAUGUUUUCGUAGAACUCGAGGUGAACUUCUUCCUUUUGCGGCGACUGUUGGGUGUUAGGACAAAGGGAUCAGAGAAACAAGGGAAGGUGUCGAAAUUAGCAAAGGGGGAGAUACUGAUGUUGAACAUAGGAUCGAUGUCGACGGGAGCGAGGGUGAUAGCCGUGAAGAACGACCUGGCGAAACUGCAGCUGACAUCGCCCGUCUGCACCAGCAAAGGAGAGAAGGUUGCUCUCAGCCGCCGUGUUGAGAAGCAUUGGCGUCUCAUCGGUUGGGGCCAAAUCCAGGCCGGCUCCACCAUCCACGUUCCACCCUGCCCCCUUUGAUUCACCACAAAACCCACUCACAGAAGAAGAAGAAGAAAAAGAGAGUUUAGGGUUUUGAAAUGUGGGAAGGCAGACAACUUUUAGGGACAAUUUUCUUGAGAUGGAGGAGAAAACAUUGCCAUGAAGAUUCUUUUUUUUUUCUUACUUUCCUUCCUGUCUCAAUGUUUUGUUUUGUUUCUUGUUUCCAAAAAAAAAAUAAUCUAAGUGUCGAAUCGGAGAGUCACCUUUUCGAGAGGAGGGGAGCUCUGCGGAAUUGUUGUGAUGAGCCUUUUAUAAAAGCGAUUACGAUUGCUGGUUA